AUGGCUCUCCCCACGCGCGAGACUCAAAUAAAACAGGCAGCCGAUACGGCCAAGAUCUUCGUAGACGCCUACUACGACGCCCUAAACCGCCGCAGACCCUCUGCCGCCCUGCCACCAUUCUACGUCUCCGCCUCCACAGCCUACAACACCCACCCACCCGACAUCUCCAUCAACGGCCGCCCCCUCACCUCGCCAGCCGAGUACGCCGCGCUCCUAGAACAACACUACUUCAAAGGAGAGGCCAACGGCGCAACAGCAGCAGCAGGAGCAACAGGAGCAACAGGAGCAACAGGAGGAGCAGGAGGAGCAGGAGCGACACCAAACGGGACGAACCCCCCCGCCACAACCAGCCGGCAAGCCCCCGCCACCACCCCGCAGGUACGCUUCGAGAUCGAGUCGUUCGACGCCCACGUCGUGAACCCGGACUACAACCUCGCGGCGCCGCCGCACGUGCUGUCGACCCCGGACAAGUCGGGCGCCAAGUGCAGCGUCCUCACGCAGGUUACGGGCCGCGUGUACUACGGGCGCGGCAGGGACGCGCCGGCCAAGACCUUCAACGAGGUGUUCGUGCUGGUGCCCAACUGGGACAUGUUUGUCCGGAACCCGCCCAAGGGCGCGCGGAGGUGGCUUAUCAUGAGUCAGAACUUUCGGGCGCUGUGA